AUGGCUAGCAACGUUUUCCUGUCUGCGAACUCGCCUGGCAGCUUUUCUGCAAACCGUCGUCGCUCUCUCUCGGUUACCCCCUCCCAAAGAUCCAGCAGAUCUCGCAUCACACUUGUGGAGAAUGAUCCCGGCCUCGUUGUGUACGACAUUGAGAAAAGUGAUCAUCACAACGUUGUGAACUACCAAGCCCCAAAAUACACUUGGCGGGAUCAUUUGCUUGGAGUUUUCUGCUUCAACGUCUCAAAAGUAAAAGAGCGCUUCGUAAAGGAAGAAAUUCAUCAGCCGAAAUCUCUUCAGGAACCUGAGAUGGAUCAAAGCUCCUCACCAUGGAUCCUUCCUGUGUACGUUCUCUCUACUCGAAGGGACACCGAAAAACACCACAUUCCGAAGGAAGCCAAAUGCACCAUCGACACCGGAAACAUGCAAGGCAACAUCGUGUCUCGAGCAUUCGUUGAGAACGUCCUCGAAUUCUCUUCUGCAAACUUCUGCGAGUUGACCGUGGAAGAGAAGGAGGGUGGGACUGGCAUUACUGGCCAUAGGCUCAUUCCCGACGGUGCUAUCUAUUUGACAUGGUAUCACAAGAAAAGCACCAGAGUCUUCCGUAACAUGCGCUUCUUGAUAUCACCACAUCCGCAGUGCGAUCUCAUCAUUGGUGCUCGGUCAAUUCAAAAGGACAAGCUACUGUCUGUGCCGAAUUUGAUGAACGAGGGCCGGGUACGGGCUGAUAAAGGCAGAUUGUAUGUGAAGUUCGAGACCGAAACUGACCCAAACAGAACGGAACUCUACAACGCUUGGUCAAACGCCAACGAGGAGUUUCUGAAGCAUGAUAUAAGACUUACAGAGGCAAAGAGGAAAAAUUUGACCGGUCAGAUUGCUCGCUUGGAGAAAAAGCUUAAAAAGCCCCAAGAAGAGCUUUGGAUUACAGUCCUUGAGCUAGAAAUAUACGACUGGGGUCAUGGCCAAGACAUCGCGAGCUUCAAACCGGCCGACAGAAAGAAGAAGCUUGCUGAGAACUAUGAAACUCUUGAGAAAAUUGAGGGGUAUAAGCCUGUGGACUCACUCCUGCACAAAGUCAUUGGCUCCAAAUGGAAACAGGAAUGA